AUGAGAGCUGCCGCUCAUAUGGAGCAGUGGCGGGAGAUUAGGAAGCAAUUGUUGAACAAAUUUCGCGGAGUGCGUGUUUGUGAUGAGCCAUCACCACUCUACAUGAGCAUACCGACUCCAUUGCCUCAGCUACACAACGUGCUGCCAGAAGAACAAGAGGAGAUGGUUUUCACCGAAUUGAAACUUUUUUUAGUGGGCCACCAAACGGAGAACAUUCGCAUCGAGGAGUUCGACGAUCACCUCCUCCCCACCUCCAUCGUCGUCAACAUCUCCUUCGACCCCUACAUCCGCUCGCAGCUAGAGAGAUUCCAUGAAAUCCUUAUCACAAUCUCAACAAUCAAAAUCUGCUGCUACGCCAUCAUCCACGACGCCGUCACCUAUUCGCCCAUCGGCGCCGCCGUCUCAGCAACCAUCGAAAAGAAAAUCAAUGGAUUCGUCAACCAUAUCUGUACGAAACUAAGCGCUUUGAGUGCCGAAACCACUCAACCAAUGAACAAUCUGUUCCGAGAAAUGCACAAAAUCCACGAAUCGCUAACUUUCUAUUGUGGCAUCGUCAAAACGAUAUAUCUGGAGCAGCUCAUCGGUGGACAGGUGCUCACACUGAUCGAUUCGAAGCGACGGGACGUCUUCUCGGGGCAUAUUCAGGAUUUAGACGACGUUUUUCAGGCGGGAUGGGCGGUGUUUGCGAGAAGCAUUGGCAGAUUGGUGUGCAAGUUUGAGGCGGAUUAUUUGAAUUAUGAGUUCGUCAUCUGGUCCACGAAACAAAUCGACGAGAACCACCGGAAACGCCUGUCGGCCAGCCAAACGAAGCACACAAAAUCGCCGAAAUACGUGAUUAUUGACUCCCUAUGCCCGAAAUUCUUUCUCAAAUAUCUGGAUAUUCUGGUGAGAUGUGCCGAAUUCGGGGACGCGUCGAAAGCGGAAAAUUCGAGAAGAAUGUUGAAGAAAUCGCCGGGAAGCCAGGAAAAUGGGAAGGAAUCGGUGGAGAGUGUGAUGGAAGACGUGCGAAACGUGGAUUGGAGUCAUCUGGAUGUGAACACGACGAUCCGGAUGUUGGGACAGUUCUCGAGAAAAGAGUCGGCGUGUCUUUUGAGGGAAAUUACGAAUGCGACGAAUGUGGAUCAAGCGAUUCGCGAUAUUCAUGAGCUUCUGAUUCGUGGAUCAUGUGCGCAUGACGUUAUGAUGAAUGCGUUGAAAGCGGAUAUUCUAUCUAAGCCAGUUGAUGAAGUCGGUAAUCUCCGAAUGAAGAAACUGACGAUGGAUGUUCUGGGCACCGCGGCGGAGAAGCAUCAUCCGUUCUGGAAGUAUUUCAGUUUCAUUAUCGAUCGACAGAACGUCUUCGACAUGAUGGGACAGCGUACACGUCAUGGAUCACAUACCACGGAGCCGAAAGAAGCGGUCACCCCACUGCUGUUCGAGUGCAUUUCCGUCAAAAUGGACUGUCCCAUCGACAUCGAGCCCAUCAUUUCAUCGUCGGCCGUCUUCACACUGAUCCCAAUCUUCAGAAUUUGGCUUCAGCUACACGUCGCCAGUUUCACGAUUGCCAAUUACCGUGACUCGAUUCGUGGUCAAAUGCCAAGCCGUUCGCUGGGCGAUAUUGCCACCAAGAAGCAUCUGAUGCACGCAUUGGACGCCGAAAUUUCGAAUAUCAAACAGAAAUGGACUGGCUAUGUCGACGUGGCAAUUUCCCUGUACUAUGAACGAGUGGCGAAAGCGGUGUCGCUGGAUGAGUACACAGAGUGUCAGGAUGUUCUCGCUAGAGAGGUUACCAAGAUGAUGGGAAUCACCGAAUUGUCGCAUUUGGAGAAUAUCAAAGACAUUUUGAACAUAAUCUGGAUUUAUGACAACGAUGACAGUAAUCUUCGUGACCUGAUUGCCGAUUUCGAGGAAGUUCAAUCAAGAGCCCGAAUGGAUUAUGUUGUCGCUUAA